GGAGCUUCUCGGUUCCUGCAUUCUGGAAAAGACAGCGAUGUGGCCAGCGGAGUCCACGCUAUCCAGGCGAGCGGACAACUUCAGAAACUUUUAACCCCCAACUCCACUCACUCUCCCUCAUUUUUCAAAAUGAUGCGCUUUUUGCUGCUCUUCAGUCGUCAAGGGAAGAUUCGGCUGCAGAAGUGGUUCUUGCCGAUGGCUGAACGAGAGAAGAAGAAGAUCAUUCGGGACAUGACCACCAUGGUGCUGGCACGAAAACCACGCACAUGUAACUUCAUGCACUGGAAAGACCUGAAGAUUGUCUAUAAGAGAUAUGCUAGUCUGUAUUUCUGCUGUGGUUUGGAGGAGGAGGACAAUGAACUGCUGGCUUUGGAAGUGCUGCACCGAUAUGUUGAACUGCUCGAUAAGUACUUCGGCAAUGUGUGUGAGCUGGAUAUCAUCUUCAACUUUGAGAAGGCCUAUUUCAUUUUGGAUGAGUUCCUAAUGGGGGGAGAGGUCCAAGAAACAUCGAAACAGUCCAUCGCUAAAUCCAUCGAAGCUUCAGACAUGCUGCAGGAGACAAUGGAAGAGUACAUGAGCAAGCCAGCCUUCUAGCAACAGAGGAAAGGAGUACAGACCAACAGAA